AAGGCGCAGGAGGCGAGAUAGUCAAGGCAGUCACGUGACCUCUGCGCUGCCCGUUGCGGUUGCUUGUGUGUGACUUUCUCUUGAUCAUGGCGGAGUGGCCAGGACAGUGUCUCGCAUUCGGAUGCUUGUUUUGUGUCUUGAGGACCUUUCCUUCCACUUUGUAGUGGCUUUCCCCCGUAUCGACACUGCGCUUCGCUCGCGUGUUUUUCGGCGAAGUCAUGGCAGACCGCGGCGUGGAUUUAUCCGCCCUGCCGAAGGAGGUUCGAGAGCAAUUGGCGGAGUUGGACUUGGAGCUGUCGGAAGGUGACAUCACACAGAAAGGCUUUGAGAAGAAGAGAGCCAAGCUGCUGGCUUCCUGUUUGCCCAAUGCAGAUAUGACUUUGCCAGAUAUGCAGCUUUCCGGGGGGCACAGCGGUGAGCCCACGCCGAGUCCUGAGGCCCCGGGCCCCUCCACAUCUUCAGCCUCCAGACACCAUCGUGCACACCGGAGUGGAGGGGCCAGAGAUGAGCGCUACAGAUCAGACAUUCACACAGAAGCUGUGCAGGCAGCCCUAGCCAAACACAGAGAGGAGAAGAUGGCCCUGCCCAUGCCAACCAAGCGACGCUCAGCCUUUGUCCAGUCUCCUAGUGAUGCUUGCACACCUCCAGACACGUCUUCUGCAUCAGAGGACGAGGGCUCACUACGCAGAAAGGCCGCCCUCACUGCGGCGCUGGCCCAGGGCCUGCAGAGUCCCGAUUAUUGGAUCAACCGUUCUGUCCAAAGCUCCUCCACGUCCUCAUCGGCGUCCUCCACCCUAUCCCACGGAGAGCCGAAAAGCCAGCCCCAGCCCCCACCCCAGCCUGCUGCUUCUGUGCUGGCCGAUGUCCUAGCCCACACGCGCAUCGAGAACAGUGUCCCUCCUGAUGUGACAUCAUCCUCCACUACCCAGGACAGAGGCUCGAGAAUGGACCUGCCUCCUGCCGUCAGGGGCAUGAGUCGUGGGCAGAGCCGCUCUAGCAUGCUGGAUACUGCUGACGGAACGCAAAAAGGUGUGCCUGUCAACAGCAGAGUGUCCACUAAGAUUCAACAGUUGCUAAACACGCUCAAACGGCCCAAAAGACCACCACUCAGUGAAUUCUUCCUCGACGACUCUGAGGAAAUAGUCGAAGUUCCCCAGCCAGAUCCCAACACCCCAAAGCCAGAGGGUCGUCAAAUCAUCCCAGUAAAGGGGGAGCCCCUCGGUGUUGUUAGUAACUGGCCUCCUGCCCUACAAGCAGCCCUAGCCCGCUGGGGGGCCACCCAGGCCAAGAGCCCCGCCCUCACAGCGCUGGACAUCACAGGAAAACCCCUCUACACGCUCACAUAUGGCAAACUGUGGAGUCGCAGUCUGAAACUGGCUUACACGCUACUGAAUAAACUGGGCACAAAGACAGAACCUGUGCUACAACCUGGAGAUCGAGUGGCGCUGGUUUACCCAAACAGUGACCCUGGUAUGUUGUGGGUUGCAUUCUAUGGCUGUUUGUUGGCUGAGGUCAUCCCUGUCCCUAUUGAAGUACCACUUUCGAAACAAGAUGCAGGCAGCCAGCAGAUUGGGUUCCUCUUGGGCAGCUGUGGCGUCAGUCUGGCACUGACCAGUGAAGUAUGUCUCAAAGGGCUGCCCAAGACACCAAAUGGAGAGAUCAUUCAGUUCAAAGGAUGGCCGAGAAUGAAAUGGGUGGUGACGGACACCAAGUACCUCACCAAACCUUCCAAAGACUGGCAGCCUCAUAUUCCCACUGCCAACACAGACACUGCCUACAUCGAGUACAAAGCCAGUAAGGAGGGGACCGUGAUGGGUGUGGCUGUGUCCAAGCUCUCCAUGCUGACUCACUGUCAAGCCCUGACACAGGCCUGUAACUACUGUGAAGGUGAGACUCUGGUUAAUGUUUUGGACUGCAAGAAGGACAUGGGUUUGUGGCAUGGCGUCUUAACGAGUGUCAUGAAUAGAAUCCACACCAUUACUGUGCCCUAUUCUGUCAUGAAAGCCUGCCCCAUGUCCUGGGUGCAGAGGGUGCACAUUCACAAAGCCCGUGUGGCCUUGGUGAAGUGCCGUGACAUUCACUGGGCAAUGAUGGCCCACAAAGAGCAGAGGGACACCAACCUGUCCUCCAUACGAAUGCUUAUAGUAGCUGAUGGAGCAAACCCAUGGUCAGUGUCAUCAUGCGAUGCCUUCCUGAAUGUUUUCCAGUCUCAUGGUCUAAAGCCUGAGGUCAUCUGUCCAUGUGCCACAUCACCCGAGGCCUUGACGGUGGCCAUUCGCAGACCCGGUGCACGAGGAGCUCCUUUGCCAGCCAGGGCCAUUCUCUCCAUGGGCGGGCUAAGCCACGGUGUGAUCAGAGUGAACACCGAAGACAAGAAUUCGGCUCUCACUGUUCAAGACGUCGGCCACAUCAUGCCUGGAGCUCUGAUGUGCAUUGUGAAACCAGACGGAUCUCCUCAGCUGUGCAAAACGGAUGAGAUAGGAGAAAUUGUUAUUAGCUCUCGAGCGGGGGGCACCAUGUACUACGGCCUUCCUGGGGUCACCAAGAACACUUUUGAGGUGAUCCCUGUCAACCAAUCUGGAGCGCCUUUAGGAGAAGUUCCCUUUACCCGUACGGGUUUGCUUGGAUUUGUUGGCCCAGGCAGCCUGGUAUUUGUUGUGGGCAAGAUUGAGGGGUUGCUGAUGGUGAGCCGGCGACGUCACAGCGCCGACGACCUCGUGGCCACAGCGCUCGCUGUGGAGCCGGUCAAAACAGUUUACAGGGGCAGGAUCACCGUGUUUUCAGUGACUGUGUUUUAUGAUGAGAGAAUCGUGAUCGUGGCUGAGCAACGGCCUGAUGCCAGUGAGGAGGACAGCUUCCAAUGGAUGAGUCGAGUUCUGCAGGCCAUCGACAGUAUCCACCAGGUGGGCCUAUACUGCCUUGCUCUGGUGCCUGCCAACACCCUCCCAAAGACGCCCCUCGGCGGCAUCCACAUCUGCGAAACCAAGCAGAACUUCCUAGAGGGAAACCUGCACCCCUGCAACAUCCUCAUGUGCCCGCACACCUGCGUCACCAACAUGCCCAAACCAAGGCAGAAACAGCCUGUGGAUGUUGGUCCAGCGUCUAUGCUGGUGGGCAACCUCGUGGCGGGAAAACGUAUUGCCCAGGCUACAGGCAGAGAACUGGGUGUGGUGGAGGACCAGGAUCUGAUUCGGAAGCUGUGUAUGUGGCCCACAAUGAUGCACCAGUUCUUAUCUGAUGCACUCCAAUCGAGAGCCCAGACCGACCCGGAACAUAUUCUCUAUGUGCUGCUGAAUGCAAAGGGGGUGGCGGUGUGCACGGCCACCUGUGCUCAGCUGCACAAGCGGGCAGAGAAAAUCACAGCCACCCUCAUCGAGCGAGGAGGCCUCAACACCGGCGACAAUGUGGUGCUGCUUUAUCCCCCAGGCAUUGACCUGAUAGCUGCCUUCUAUGGCUGCCUUUAUGCCGGCGUCAUCCCCGUGACUGUGAGACCCCCCCACCCACAGAAUCUGGCCGCCACUCUUCCCACUGUCCGCAUGAUUAUUGACGUGAGCAAAGCAGCCUGCAUCCUCACCACUCAGCCUCUCAUGAGGAUCCUCAGGUCCCGGGAAGCUGCUGCCAGCGUCAAUGUCAAGACUUGGCCCACUAUCAUCGACACAGAUGAUCUACCCAGAAAGCGGCCACCACAUAUCUAUAAGCCCCCUACAGCUGAGAUGUUGGCUUACCUGGACUUCAGUGUGUCUACCACAGGCAUGUUAACUGGAGUAAAGAUGUCUCAUGCUGCAGUCAGCACUCUGUGUCGUUCCAUCAAGCUGCAGUGUGAACUCUACUCCUCACGUCAAAUAGCCAUCUGCCUGGACCCGUACUGCGGCCUCGGCUUUGUCCUGUGGUGCCUCUCCAGUGUUUACUCAGGUCACCAGUCAAUCCUCAUCCCUCCCCUAGAGCUGGAGAGCUCACUUCCACUGUGGCUGAGCACGCUCAGUCAGUACAAGAUCCGAGACACCUUCUGCUCCUACUCCGUCAUGGAGCUCUGCACCAAAGGCCUCGGAACCCAGACAGAGAUGCUGAAGGCGCGUGGUGUAAAUCUGUCGUGCGUGCGCAGCUGCGUGGUGAUAGCGGAGGAGCGGCCUCGACUUGCCCUCACCCAGUCCUUCUCCAAGCUCUUCAAAGACGUCGGACUGUCGUCACGAGCCGUCAGCACCGCUUUCGGCUCCAGGGUCAACCUGGCCAUCUGUAUGCAGGGCACGGCUGGACCAGACCCCUCCACCGUCUACGUGGACAUGAAGUCGCUGCGUCAUGACAGGGUAAGACUGGUAGAGAGGGGUGCGCCACAGAGUCUUCCGCUCAUGGAAUCAGGCACGAUUCUACCUGGGUUGCGAGUCAUCAUUGUCAACCCAGAGACCAGAGGACCGCUGGGAGACUCCCAUCUCGGUGAGAUCUGGGUGAACAGUCCCCACAGUGCGAGUGGCUACUACACCAUCUAUGGCGAGGAGAGCCUGCAGGCGGAUCACUUUAACACCCGACUCAGCUUUGGGGAUCCUAACACGCUGUGGGCCAGAACAGGCUACCUGGGCUUCAUCAAGAGAACGGAGCUCCUGGAUGCUAGCGGAGAUCGCCAUGAUGCCUUAUUUGUAGUGGGCUCCCUGGAUGAGACGCUGGAGCUGAGGGGCUUACGUUACCACCCCAUUGACAUUGAGACGUCCGUGUCUCGAGCUCACCGUAGCAUCGCAGAGAGCGCCGUGUUCACGUGGACCAACCUACUUGUGGUGGUGGCCGAGCUGAGCGGCUCCGAGCAGGAGGCUCUGGACCUGGUGCCCCUCAUCACCAACGUGGUUCUUGAGGAGCACCACCUCAUUGUGGGCGUAGUGGUCAUCGUGGACCCGGGUGUGAUCCCCAUCAACUCCCGCGGGGAGAAGCAGCGGAUGCACCUGCGGGACUCCUUCCUGGCCGACCAGCUGGACCCCAUCUACGUGGCCUACAACAUGUGAUCGGAGGGAGAAGAGCGUUUCGAGCAAUCAAAGCGUGCUUCCUUCGUCUCCCUCAAUGCUCUUUUCCGACUCAUCUUUUUUAAUUCCUGGCAUUCUUUCCUCCAUUCAUUGCUUUCCAUUUGAACAAUCCACCCAGACAUUUUUUUUUAAAUUGUUAAUUACCCCCCACACCUGCAAAAAGGACCCUCACUUCUCACUCUUCUCACUAGCAGGGAGGCACACCAACCGGAACUACCGAGAAGUUCCCCCCUUGCACUUUAAGUCCUCGCACCUCGGAGUCCACAUCCUGUCUGGCCUUCCUCAAAGGGAACACGCUCCCUUCCAUAUUCGCUGCUGUGCCAGUGGCAAACCUCCGCUUCAGUAUUAACACGUGCCACCAGCAGGUGGCGUACUGUCACAUGCACAAAGGCAACACAUGUUACAAGAUGUCCUGAAAAUGCACUUGAAUGACAGUAAGGAUAGUUAAGAUGAGUGCUAAUUGUUUGGUGACCAUUUUGCUGCUCUUUUUAAUUGUCCUGUUAUGACCAAAAAAACCAAAACGAAUUCUCUUCUGCUGCAGCCUGCUGGCGAUAGCAGACACAAUAUUGAGGUAGGGUUUUUAUUUGAUAGCACAAAUUGGGGGAAUUUCCACACAAAUCUUGCAUAAAAAGAGCCGAGGACAGCUAGCUGCACGUUAAGGCCCCGUCCACACCCACACGGAUAUUUACAGAAAUAUCUUGAGCCCAUAAAUGUUUUUUUUUAUGUCUUUAAGAUAGACAUGUUGCAAUCAGUCAGUGAUGGUGUAGUGGUACAUUCGCCUGACUUUGGUGCGGGCAGCGUGGGUUCAGUUCCCACUCAAUGACGGUGUGAAUGUAAGUGCCAAUGGUUGUCCGUGUCUAUAUGUGCCCUGCGACAGACUGGCGACCAGUUAAGGGUGUAGUCCGCCGUUUGCCCAAAGUCAGGUGGGAUAGGCUCCAGCGACCUCCCCCGUGCUGACAACUUAGCUGAACUUUUGAAUAAGUUACUGGUUAGCAUAAGAGAACUCACUGUUAAGCAACACUAAUUUGUGCAGCUCUGCUUAGCUUUUGGCGUCAACAUGGUGGUGCUUCUGUGUAGUCCAGCAGCUGGACUCCUACCAUGGCUUAAAAUGGUGGAUCUACAGCCAUCGUAGCCGCCCAGUCAUUGGCGCAGAGACUUGGUGUGGGGACGGAAUUAUGCAAAUUAGCUGCACUGAUAUGUCAUAACUCGAAUACGGGCUUGCUCACAGACACAUUUUGGAAAACAGGCAGCUAACAAGAGAUUUACUUGGUUAUGUAAUAUUCACAAUUGACGGGUUUGUUGUGGAUUCAUAUUUUUUAAAAUCCUGGAGCGAGGAAAAAAUAAUUUUUAUUCGGGCGAGAGGCGGGGUACACCCUGAACUUGUCGCCAGCCAAUCGCAGGGCACAUUUAAACAAAACAACCAUUCACACUCACAUUCACACCUAGGGGGAAUUUAGAGUCUUCAAUUAACCUCCCACGCAUGUUUUGGGGAUGUGGGAGGAAACCGGAGUGCCCGGAGAAAACCCACGCAGGCACGGGGAGAACAUGCAAACGCCACAUAGGCGAGGCUGGAUUUGUACCCAAGUCCUCUGAACUGUGAGGCAGAUGUUGCCGACCAGUCAUCCACCGUGCCGCCGAUUUUAUUUUUAUUCUUUUAAUAUUCGUGUACGUGUUGCUCUUGAUGGCUUGCGCUUGACCUGGUGCAUUCGAGAGCAGGCCUUCUCAACUGGUCUCAGCCAUAGUUUCCCGUGGUUAUGAAGUCACCACCCACUUUUGGGGAAGUCCAAACUGAGCACAUGUAUCGUUCAGUCAAAAUAGUCUUGUCAACAACAUGUCAUUAUUUUUAACGAAAGAACGAUAACGGUGUGUUUCAGACCACUUCAUUAAGGAGAGUCAAAAUGCACUAAUCAUGAUGAAACAUGACCAUUGCAUGUAUUCAAGAUGAAUAAAUAUUACAAAUGACCAAUUAAAAAAAAGGCCCACCAUGGAUGGUACUGUACAUCAGACAAGUGACUUAAUACCCCUUUUAAUCCUCAGUGUAAAAUAGCAAUUUCAAGUUUCAACGUCAAAUUUUAAUCUCUUUACUUACACCAGUGGAGAUUGACUGCUCUCAAAGAGCCCAUGACAUUGUCUUUGCAAGCGCACUGUCCCAUUGUACUCAGUCGUUUAACGUGUGAAAACUUUCCCAUCAGCGUUGGCGUCCUGGUCAAAUAGGUCGAUUCACUCCCGAAAAUGCAAGAAUAUUGGUCAUAUUUCUAGUCAAAACUAAUCUGAUUACACUUAAACUCUUCACGGAAAAAGUAACCUGUUUUUAGACAAUUUUCACUUCUUUCAAGCUAAUUUUUUUAAAUAAGUAAAAACAAAAAUGCCAGUGGAGUAAGAUUUGUUUUCUUCUACUUAUUUUAAGUAAAAAAAAAAAAAAUAGCUUGAAACAAGUGACAACUGUCUAAAAUCAAGUUACUUUAUUUUAAGUGUAAUCCGAUUAGUUUCGACUAGAAAUAAGACAUAUAUAUUCUUGGUAAGAUUUGGAGUUUUUGCAGUGUUUUUAGAAGGCUGGGCCGUCCGUGCCUUUUCACAAUAACGCUCCAUUGUAACUUGGAGUUCUAUGAAGAAGAUCUCAGCGAGCGAGGACAACUUUUGCCUUAUUGAAACCUGCAGAACUUUUCAUUUGAAGCUCCUUGAGUCAUAUAGGAACUAUUGCGCCACUCUGUUCAUAGUUCUCUCUUAUGCCGUCGUCACAUUGUCCAAAGUUUUCUGAAUGUCUAACACUGAAAACAAGGUAGGAACAGCAGAGUGAUAGUUGUGAGUGAGUCAUAUCGAUAAAUACAUUAACAAAGUUGUAGGGGAUCGAUGAGAGUAAGGAUGUCAAUGUGUGUAUUCUGUAUUUUAGGUCAGAUACUGUUAUCACUGGUGUUAUUAUCGUGUACAUGCAAAUAGUCAGCGAGACUUGACUGAUCUUUCAUACUUGACAGCAUUUUUCUGCUUUAUUUGCAAAAAAAACACAAAAAUCAAAUACAAACUCACACUUAUAACGAUUCUAGCAGGAACACCAUGCACUUUCCCCAAUACUGUUUUGUGUGUGUGCGAGUGUGUCUGUGUGUGUGAGUAAUUGGUUUGUCUGGUGAUUUUUUUUUUUUAUAUAUAUAUAAAAUUGAAAUGUAUCUUUUUUUAAAAUGUUUUGAUUUGUUUUGAUUUUUUAUGUCGCCGCCACUGUAACCCUUUCCAUCCAACUAUGGAAUUUAAUAUACAUUAUAGGGUUUUCUCAUUGCUCUUUUUCUUAGUGUGAGCAGCAUUGCAUUGAGUGACAUGUAUGCAACAGGCAUGUGAGAAACACUCAUGGAUAAGUGAAGCAUUUGAGCCACUUUGUGACUUUUCCUCUGUUGUAACUCUUACAAGUUUUUAAUAAAGUUUUAUAAUUUG